AUGCAUCGCCCCUCGUUGCUGGUGUGGGUGCUGACACUCGCUUGUGCAGCUGCGCUGGUCGCUGGUGUGAACCCUGGCGUGUUCAAGGGGUGCAGCGACUCGAGCGUAUGCCGUCGAUUUCGGAAGGUGGCAGAAAAUGUCGAGUCGUUCACGCGCCCGGCGUACGUCUCGCCAUAUUCGCUGGGUAGUGUGCCCGAGCUUGAGGGUGCGGCCUUGCAUGUGCCUGUCAUGAGUGCAUUGCACGAUGUGUCAUUCGAGCUAAAGACGACUUUCUUUGCGGACGGCAAUGCACGCCUGCAAAUGGAUGAGCGUGCGCCGACCUACAAGGACUGGCGUCACUAUCCUGAAGCUAGUGUAUGGGGCAUUGCCGAGAUGCCUGCGCUCGCGCACAAUGUACAGAUUAAGCAGCAGAGCAAGGCUAAGACUGUUGUGUCAUGGGGUGAUAGCACGCACGAAAUGCACAUCGAGCAUGCGCCUUUGCGGAUUUCUUUUGUAAGAGACGGCAUCGUGCAAAUGAUUCUGAAUGAGCGUGCCCUGUUGCAUAUGGAGCACUUUCGCGCUAAGCCGGAGGACGGACUACCCAAGACGGAUGAACAGCGAGCAGCGCACCUCCAAUCUCGUGUCCAUGACCUGAAGCAGCGGCACCCUACUGCGUCUGCUUCGACCAUCGACAUGUGGUCCAAGUUUGAGACGCCCGAUGAAGGCGAGUGGGAAGAGUCAUGGGGCGGUGUAGCAGACUCCAAGCCGAAAGGUCCUGAAGGCGUGGCUCUGGACAUUUCGUUCCCUGGCUACGACACGCUCUAUGGCUUACCAGAGCACGCCAGUCCUUUAUCGCUUCGCUCGACGCGCGCUCCGCCAAAGGGAGAGGAGGAAGAGGCCGGUCGAUUUACAGAUCCUUACCGUCUAAUGAAUACGGAUGUGUUCGAGUACGAAUACGAUAGUCCGAUGGCGCUAUAUGGCAGCGCUCCAAUUGUGCAUGCCCUGAGCCAAUCGAGUGCCGUCAGUGUGCUGUGGAUGAAUGCCGCCGAAACGUGGGUGGACAUCCACAAGACAAAGCACCGUCCAGGACCGAAGCCAGCGUCGGCAGCGCUGCGUGCGGCCUCGCGAGAUGAUGCCAAGGCGCUGUCGGGCGGCUCGUCGACGCGCUCAUCGCACGUGCAUUUUAUGUCCGAGUCUGGUAUUCUGGAUCUGUUUGUGUUUAUGGGUCCGACGCUGCACCGAAACAUGGAGCGGUACAUGUCGUUGGUUGGUCGCACGGCGUUGCCGCAGUAUUUCGCGAUCGGCUAUCACCAGUGUCGCUGGAACUAUUGGUCAGAUGGCGACGUCAAAGAUGUGAGCUCGCGCUUUGAUGAAGCUGAUAUCCCGAUGGAUGUGAUUUGGCUGGACAUUGAGUACAGUGCUGAGCACAUGUACGGCAUGUGGGACAAGAAGGCGUUCAUCGACCCGUCCGGCAUGGUGCAGGCUCUCGAUGAGCGCGGGCGGAAACUAGUCAUUAUUUUGGAUCCGCAUUUGAAAAAGACGGACAAAUAUUAUCUGUACAAGGAGGCCAGGGACUUGGACCUGCUCGUCAAAAAUCCAGACAACAAGACCAACUACGAGGGCGAGUGCUGGAGCGGCCAAGCGAGCUGGAUCGACUUUUUCCAGCCCCGUACCUGGUCGUGGUGGAUCGACCAGUUUAGUCUCAUAAAGCACAAGCUGGAGGCUAAUGCUCGCAAUGUAUUUGUAUGGAACGACAUGAGCGAGCCGGCUAUCUUUUCAGGUCCCGAAGUGUCUUCGCCGAAAGAUGUACUGCACUACCCGGGCUGGGAAAACCGCGACAUUCACAACAUCAAUGGCUUGAUCUUGCAUAAUCUCACUGCCACGGGACUGACGCGUCGUGAGCUAGGCACGCGUGAUACCUCUGGCAAGGUUGGCGUGGAGCGCCGGCCCUUUGUGCUAAGCCGGGCAUGGUGGCUUGGAUCACAGCGAUUUGGUGCGAUUUGGACCGGUGAUAACCUCGGCACUUGGGAGCACUUUGCGAACAGCGUGCCGAUGAUCCUGCAGAACGGUAUGGGUGGUAUGAGCUUUUGUGGCGCGGACAUCGGCGGAUUUUUCGGCAAUCCCGACACGGAACUUCUUGUACGAUGGUAUCAGGCAGGCAUCUUUGAGCCGUUUUUCCGGGCGCACGCACACAUCGACACCAAGCGUCGUGAGCCAUACCUGUAUGACGGUGCGGUAGGUGAUGCGUUGCGUGGAUUGCUGCGCCUGCGCUACAAGAUGCUACCGGUGUGGUAUACGGCCUUCUGGCAUUCGAGCUUGAAUGGACAGCCUGUGCUCAAGCCACAGGCGCUUGUUUUCCCGCACGACACGGCUGGAUUUGAUGUGGACGACCAGUACCUCCUUGGCGAUUCAGGCUUGCUGAUCAAGCCCCCUACGACAAAGGGUGCGUCGCAUGUCGACAUCUACCUCGCUGAUGACGAAGAUUACUAUCACCACUUCACGGGUCACGUAUAUCGUGCUCCUGGUGGCCGUGUGGCUGUACCGGCACCUCUCUCCGACCAUGUGCCGAUGCUUCAACGUGGUGGCUCGGUCGUGCCGAUGCGGGAGCGUGUGCGUCGUUCAGCUGAAUUGCAACGCCUCGAUCCGUUCACCUUGUACAUCGCGCCGAGCCAUGAUGAGCUUGCUGCCGAGGGCCAUCUGUACAUGGACGAUGGUCAGACUUUCGCGUACCGUGACGACCAGGCGUUCCUUGCACGCAAAUUUACAUUGACACGCGAUGGCCCAGGGCACUUGCGCCUAGCAUCCACAUCGCUUACGGGUCGUGACAUACAUACGUCUGCGUCGUCGACAGCUCUCCAAGUGCCCGGUAAUGCGUAUGAGCAAGAAACGUCGUCUGUGCGUGUUGAACGCAUCAUUGUCUAUGGCUUGCCAGAAGUGUACCGCAUCAUCGCCCGCGAUGCCCACGGCCACGAGACGUCGUUGGCAUUUACGUAUACGUCAGGUACUUCACGAUCUCCCACGGCCUCCGACGCCAGUGCCAGGCUAGCGUCGCGCCUCGAGAUUCGCGAUCCACGUGUUUUGAUUGGACAAGAUUGGUCCAUCCUUAUGGAAAUCGCUCCCUAA